AUGGAGCAGCUGCCGCGAAGGGGCACGGGGCAGUACCCUACGGCCACGGCCUUGUUUGGGGGAACUCCGGGAGACGGGGCGCACGUUGUGCAGAAGUCGCUGUGGUUCCAGGGAUGGGCCACUGGAUCUGGACCCCUUGAUUCCCGGAGAGACCUACCGGACAUCCAGCAUUAUUUUACGGUUAGUUUCAGCCAUGACAGUCAGAAGACCCUGGAGCUGCGGACAGAGGAUGCCAAGGACUGCGACGAAUGGGUCGCGGCCAUCACGCACGCCAGUUAUAGGACUCUUGCUACAGAGCAUGAAGCUUUAAUGCAGAAGUACCUCCAUUUACUUCAGAUUGUGGAAACCGAGAAAACGGUUGCCAAGCAACUAAGACAACAGAUUGAAGAUGGGGAAAUCGAGAUUGAGCGUCUGAAAUCGGAGAUUGCCUCCUUGCUGAAAGAUAACGAGCGCAUCCAGUCCGCUCAGAGCAGCGCGCCGAAUGACGACGACAGCGACAUCAAGAAAAUUUCGCAGGUGCAGAGCUUCCUGCGGGGCUGGCUGUGCAGGCGGAAGGGGAAGACCAUCAUUCAGGACUACAUCCGGUCCCCGCACGCCGCCAGCAUGAGGAAGAGGAACCAGGCGGUCUUCAGCAUGCUGGAGGCCGAGGCUGAGUACGUGCAGCAGCUGCACAUCCUGGUCAACAACUUCCUGCGCCCGCUGAGGAUGGCGGCGAGCUCCAAGAAACCGCCCAUCACCCACGACGACGUCAGCAGCAUCUUCCUCAACAGUGAAACCAUCAUGUUUUUGCACCAGAUCUUUUACCAAGGCCUGAAAGCCCGGAUCUCGAGCUGGCCGACGCUGGUGCUGGCCGAUUUGUUCGACAUCCUGCUGCCCAUGCUGAACAUCUACCAGGAGUUUGUGAGGAACCACCAGUACAGCCUGCAGAUCCUGGCCCACUGCAAGCAGAACCGCGACUUCGACAAGCUGCUCAAGCACUACGAGGCCAAGCCGGACUGCGAGGAGAGGACGCUGGAGACCUUCCUGACCUACCCCAUGUUCCAGAUUCCCAGGUACAUUCUGACGCUGCACGAGCUGCUGGCGCACACGCCCCACGAGCACGUGGAGAGGAACAGCCUGGACUACGCCAAGUCCAAGCUAGAAGAGCUGUCCAGGAUCAUGCACGACGAAGUGAGCGAGACGGAAAACAUUCGGAAGAAUCUGGCGAUAGAAAGGAUGAUUAUCGAAGGGUGUGAAAUUCUCCUGGACACCAGCCAGACGUUCGUCAGACAAGGCUCCCUCAUCCAAGUGCCGAUGUCGGAGAAAGGGAAGAUCACCAGAGGGCGGCUGGGCUCCCUCUCCUUGAAGAAAGAGGGCGAGAGACAAUGCUUCCUCUUCUCCAAGCACUUAAUUAUCUGCACAAGAGGCUCCGGGGGGAAAUUACACUUAACCAAGAACGGCGUCAUCUCCCUCAUUGACUGCACCUUGAUGGAGGAGCAGGAGAGCACCGACGAGGACACAAAGGCAUCCGGGCAAGACAUAGACCAUCUCGACUUCAAAAUUGUUGUGGAACCAAAAGAUUCUCCCUCCUUCACUGUCAUCCUGGUGGCAUCGUCCAGGCAAGAAAAGGCUGCGUGGACCAGUGACAUCAGUCAGUGCGUAGACAAUAUCCGCUGCAACGGCCUCAUGAUGAACGCAUUCGAGGAGAACUCCAAGGUCACCGUUCCCCAGAUGAUCAAGUCUCUGGAGCUCUUGUUUGCCAGCAGCCAGAACACCAAACUGCUGUACGGCGAGCCGCCCAAAUCCCCGCGGGCAAACCGGAAAUUCUCCUCCCCGCCCCCGCUCUCCAUCACCAAGUCGUCCUCGCCGAGCCGGAGGCGGAAGCUGUCCCUGAACAUCCCCAUCAUCACGGGGGGCAAAGCCCUGGACCUGGCCUCGCUGAGCUGCUCCUCCAACGGCUACCUGUCCGUGUCCAGCACCUCCCCCAACAAAAUCCCCGACGAAGGGGAAGCUGCGGCCGAGAGAGCAGAGGAGACGCCGCCGGGCAAGCCAGGUUCCGAGGUAUCCGUGCGGGAGGAGUCGGACACGGACCCAAACCAGAGCGAUGAAGCCGAAACGGAGACCUCCCCAACGAAAUCGCCAACCACUCCCAAAGCCGUCAAGUGCAAAAACUCCUCAGAGUUCCCCUUGUUCUCUUACAACAACGGGGUCGUUAUGACGUCUUGCCGGGAGCUCGACAACAACCGCAGCGCCCUGUCCGCUGCCUCCGCCUUCGCCAUAGCGACCGCCGGCGCCAACGAAGGCACCCCGACCAAGGAGAAGUACAGGCGGAUGUCCCUGGCGAGCGCAGGCUUCCCCCCGGACCAGCGGAACGGGGACAAGGAGUUCGUGAUCCGGAGAGCUGCCACCAACCGAGUUCUCAACGUGCUGCGCCACUGGGUCUCCAAGCACUCGCAGGACUUCGAAACCAACGACGAGCUCAAGUGCAAAGUGAUCAGCUUCCUGGAAGAAGUGAUGCACGAUCCGGAGCUCCUGACCCAGGAGAGAAAAGCCGCAGCCAAUAUCAUAAGGACUUUGACUCAGGAAGAUCCAGGAGACAAUCAGAUAACACUGGAGGAGGUCAUACAGAUGGCAGAGGGAGUCAAAGCAGAACCCUUUGAAAAUCACUCGGCUUUGGAAAUAGCAGAGCAGCUGACGUUGCUGGAUCACCUGGUCUUUAAGAAGAUCCCAUACGAGGAGUUUUUCGGGCAGGGCUGGAUGAAGCUGGAGAAGAACGAGAGGACGCCGUACAUUAUGAAGAACACGAAACACUUCAAUGAUAUCAGUAACUUGAUCGCCUCCGAAAUCCUCCGCAACGAGGAUGUCACGGCCCGGGUGAGCGCCAUUGAGAAGUGGGUGGCCGUGGCGGAUAUCUGCCGGUGUCUGCACAACUACAACGCUGUCCUGGAGAUCACCUCCUCCCUGAACCGCAGCGCCAUCUUCCGCCUCAAGAAAACCUGGCUCAAAGUGUCCAAGCAGACGAAAGCUCUGAUCGACAAGCUCCAGCGGCUGGGGGCCUCCGAGGGCAGGUUCAAGAAUCUCCGCGAAGCUCUAAAAAAUUGCGACCCGCCCUGCGUUCCUUACCUGGGGAUGUAUCUGACCGACCUGGCCUUCAUAGAGGAGGGAACUCCAAAUUACACCGAGGACGGCUUGGUGAACUUCUCCAAAAUGAGAAUGAUUUCCCACAUCAUUAGAGAGAUCCGCCAGUUUCAGCAAACGUCCUACAAGAUCGAACACCAAGCCAAGGUGACACAGUAUUUGCUGGACCAGUCCUUUGUGAUGGACGAAGAAAGUCUUUACGAGUCUUCUCUACGAAUAGAACCUAAGCUGCCCACCUGAACGCGCGGCGGGGUCAGCGGCUCGCCUGUACACAGCCUAUAUCAUAUUGUACAUAUCGGUUUGUUUCUGUUGGGCUCCCUAGAGUGACUUCUCGCUUGUGCUUCUCAAUGAAAACAAAACGUCCUCUUGCUCUUCACACACAGUAGAACUCGGCUACAACGUCCUGCAUUGGUUAAGGCGUCCUGCAUAAAGCGUUUUGUUUCUAGCCGUCCCGCUUUAUUUGAAACGCUGUUAUUUUUGUCAUUUGUUCCUCUCGGGGGUGGGGAGAGCGGGGGUAGCAGGAGAACACCAGAGCAAAUACACAACGCAUCACAGGCAGAGAGCUAGUCACCUUUCCCUCCCGCCCUAGACACAGCCGCUGUGUCGGACGCACUGCCAGGGCACUCACCAGCAUGGUCACGGCAUGAUUGUCACUGGACCACACUCACUUUGGAGUCAUAAGAACAUAAGAACGGCCGUACUGGGUCAGACCAAAGGUCCAUCUAGCCCAGUAGCCUGUCUGCCGACAGUGGCCAGCACCAGGUGCCCCAGA